ACACCAUGCCUCCACUUCCGGACGGCAAGAUCUACUCGGCGACAUAUAGCAACGUACCUGUGUACGAGCUCAAUGUCGCCGGAAACCACGUAAUGCGCCGUCGUGCUGACGACUGGAUUAAUGCGACGCAUAUUCUCAAAGUAGCCGACUACGAUAAACCGGCCCGUACGCGCAUUCUCGAGCGUGAGGUGCAGAAAGGUGUACACGAGAAGGUCCAGGGAGGGUAUGGCAAGUACCAAGGCACAUGGAUUCCACUGGCAGAAGGCCGUCUCCUUGCUGAGCGCAACGGGGUACUUGAGAAGAUGCGGCCCAUUCUCGACUUCGUGCCUGGCGAUAGGAGCCCACCACCAGCUCCGAAGCAUGCUACAGCUGCGUCAAAUCGCCCUAGGGCCGUACGUCAAAACAAUGCCGCAGUUGCUGCUGCUGCAGCCGCGGCAGCAGCGGCGCAAGCACAAGCACAAGCACAAGCAACAGCAGCAGCCGCGGUAGCUGCAGCGGGACAAAAUGCCUUUUCCUCGAACAUCUCGCAAACACAGAUCACCGAGGACCCUUUCGAGGAUACGCAACGACAACAACACUCUAUCUAUCGCGAUCAAACACCCGACAAUGAGACAGUCAUAUCUGAAUCUAUUCUGGGAGACCAGGACAUGCUCACAGGGUCACAAUAUUCGGUUGGAAGUCGUAAACGCAAACGGGAUGUGGACCGCAUGUCUGUUCAAGACUCCCAGCAUCAGAUGUGGGCGGAUGCUUUGCUUGACUAUUUCAUAUUGCUAGAUUCGGAGGAAGGCUUCGUUGCACCUCCGGAGCCCCCACCCACAGUUAACUUGGAUCGCCCCAUCGAUGAAAAGGGGCAUUCGCCUAUGCACUGGGCGGCGGCGAUGGGCGAUGUUGAAGUAGUGAGGGAACUGCACAGUCGAGGCGCACGGCUAGACUGCCUAUCCAACAACCUGGAGACGCCCCUCAUGCGUGCGGUCAUGUUCACCAACAACUUCGACAAAAACGUGAUGCCCAGUAUGAUUAAGAUAUUCGCGCAAACAGUCCCGAGAACAGACUGGUUCGGUAGCACCGUGUUCCACCACAUUGCAGCGACCACUAGCAGCACCAACAAAUUCGUAUGCGCGCGAUAUUAUCUUGACUGCAUUAUUAAUAAGCUGUCCGAAACGUGGAUACCGGACGAAGUCACAAGGUUAUUGAAUGUACAAGAUCAGAAUGGAGACACUGCUGUCAUGAUUGCUGCACGAAACGGAGCCCGCAAGUGUGUCAGAAGUCUGCUGGGACGCAACGUCACCGUAGAUAUACCCAACAACAAGAAUGAGACGGCGGACGACCUCAUUAGAGAAUUAAACUCGCGGAGACGGACGAGACCGCGGCAAGCUUCAUCCUCGCCAUUUGCGCCGCCAUUGGAACAUGGCAUAGCUGGGGCCCAUCUGAAUGGCAUCGGUUCGUCCUCACUUCUAUCACUUCCUUUUCCCACCCUUCGGGUACAGGAACCACAGCAGUACCGUUCGCAGACAGCCUCGCACCUCAUGAACAAGGUCGCCCCGACACUACUCGAAAAAUGUGAAGAGUUGGCCGCAGCGUAUGAAGCGGAGUUACAAGAGAAGGAAGCUGAGUCAAGGGAUUCCGAGCGUGUAGUCAAAAAACGUGAGGCAGAGUUGGAGGCGAUUCGCAAACAAGUAGCGGAGCUUGCAACCAUGCAAGAUGGAAUGCACAUUGAUCUGGGUGAUGACCGAAUGGACGAACAGCAAGAAGAAGAGUUGGCAAUGUUGGUGGAUGAAGCCGAGUCACUUCUGGAAAUAGAGCAGAAGGCGGAGCUACGGCGACUAUGCAAUUCCACCCAGCAACCCAACUCCAAUUCCCCGUUGGAUUUGAACGAGAAGCUGAGACUCGCACUGCUACUCCAUAACGCGCAGCUUGAGCGGCAAGCGUUGGUACGAGAAGUCGUUGGCAACCUGUCCGUGGCAGGUAUGGGCGAAAAGCAGGGUGUCUACAAAGGUCUCAUCGCAAAGGCAUUGGGCGAGCGCGAAGAGGACAUCGAGUCUAUGUUGCCAGAAAUCGUCAAGGAACUAGAAGAAGCGGAGACGCAGGAGCGUGCAGAAGGACUGGUACAGAGUCCACUGUAA